GCGGGGUUAAGAUGGCGGCGCCUCUGAGGAUUCAGAGCGACUGGGCUCAAGCCCUCAGGAAGGAUGAAGGGGAAGCCUGGCUAAGUUGUCACCCCCCAGGUAAACCAACUUUGUAUGGCAGCCUAACUUGUCAAGGAAUUGGCCAGGAUGGCAUCCCAGAAGUUACAGCUUCAGAAGGAUUUAUUGUGAAUGAGAUAAACAAGAAAAGCAUUCAUAUUUCUUGUCCAAAGGAAAAUGCAUCCUCAAAGUUUUUGGCACCAUACACUACAUUUUCCAGAAUUCAUUCAAAGAGUAUAACAUGCCUGGACAUUUCCAGUGGAGGCGGUCUUGGUGUGUCUUCUAGUACUGAUGGGAGCAUGAAGAUCUGGCAGGCUUCUAAUGGCGAGCUCAGAAGAGUAUUGGAAGGACAUGUAUUUGAUGUGAAUUGUUGCAGGUUUUUCCCAUCAGGCCUUGUGGUUCUGAGUGGGGGAAUGGAUGCCCAGCUGAAGAUCUGGUCAGCUGAAGAUGCUAGCUGUGUGGUGACCUUCAAAGGUCACAAAGGAGGUAUUCUGGAUACAGCCAUUGUUGAUCGGGGGAGGAAUGUGGUGUCUGGUUCUCGAGAUGGGACAGCCCGACUUUGGGAUUGUGGGCGCUCAGCCUGCCUGGGAGUCAUUGCAGACUGUGGUUCUACUAUCAAUGGAGUGGCUGUGGGUGCUGCUGACAACUCCAUAAACCUCGGCUCGCCUGAGCACACACCGAGUGAACGGGAGGUUGGAACAGAGUCGAAAAUGCUGCUGUUGGCACGGGAGGAUAAGAAACUUCAGUGCUUGGGACUGCAGAGCAGGCAGCCGGUGUUCCUCUUUGUUGGCUCAGAUGCCUUCAACUGCUGCACUUUUCUCUCUGGCUUCUUGCUGUUGGCUGGGACACAGGAUGGAAACAUUUAUCAGCUGGACGUGAGGAGUCCAAGGGCUCCGGUACAAGUCAUCCACAGAUCUGGAGCACCAGUUCUGUCCCUGCUGAGUUUCAGAGAUGGAUUCAUUGCCAGCCAAGGUGAUGGAAGCUGUUUCAUUGUCCAGCAAGACCUAGACUAUCUCAUUGAGUUCACUGGAGCGGACUGUGACCCUGUGUUCAAGGUAGCCACAUGGGAGAAGCAGAUCUACACAUGCUGUCGAGAUGGUCUUGUGCGACGCUAUCAGCUCUCUGAUCUCUGACUCCUUGGAAAAGGAUGAAGUUAAUGAAAAAUAUUGGCUCUAAUCAACAAAGACAUUAGUCCUUCUCAAGGACCAUGGCCCCUUCUUGUUUGGGGCACCCUUCGGGUGUCACAGAAAAUCAGCUGCAUUGCCCCAUGUGGAAGUAUCAUUCCAUGACAAGACCUACUGUGAAUUGAGUAAGAAGCUCACAUGUACUCCCUAUAUACAUUCACCCCAGCAGCACAGGGCAAGGACAUGGAUGCUUACACUUUGAUCUCAUACCAUUGUGUUAAAUGUUUACAAGGACCAGAGGACUAAAGCCUGUACUCUGAAGGAAAUAAAGAGAAUGUGUUUGGAAGAGUCUGAAUUUGAAAAACUUUGUUAAAUAUUCUUACUCCAGCAAAAAGCCAUUCAAGUUGAUGGAACUCCUUUCUCGGGCACUUCCUGUUGGCCUACCCGUAGAGAAAGACCGCUUCUUAGCAGUAACUAUUAUUUAAGCAGGAGCCUGUGAAUGAUUCCUAUACAGGUAGGGAAGCAACUGUCUCAGUUUUCCUUGGACUGAGGGGUUUUCUGCUACGUGGGACUUUCAGUCCUAGGCAAACUGAUAGGAUUGAUCAGUCCAUAUACAGGUAAUAAAGUUGAAUCCUAUCAUUGUAAGGGCAGUGACUGUCCGAGUGUGGUCCCUUAACUGCCGAAUCAUUAUCACCUGGGAACUUGAUAGAAAUAGAAAUUCCUAGGCCCCACCUCAGCCCUAAAUCAGAAAUUCCAUGGGUAGAGCCGGCCAGGUGAUUCUGAUGCAUGCUAAAGCUUGAGACCUAGAGGAAGAAAUAAUAAAGGGCACUUUUGUCAUAGCUGGAACUCAGCGCUCAUGGGAUGGUGAGGCUGGUCUUUAGAGGAUGAGGCUGGGGAGGUGGGCCGGGCCCAAGCAGUGAAGGGGCUUGAGUCCCAGGUAAGGAGCUUGAAUUUCAUUUGGUUGGCAAGAAACCCACAGAAGAGUUUUAAGCAAGGGUUUAACAUGGGUCACUUUUUUUCCCCCUAAAUAUAAAAAUGGAGUAAUAA